CGUUCGUCGACGAAAGUUUCCCUGCAUUCUAACUAGCAUAGAUUUCUCUGUAUCUCGUUUGACAGCAUUGCAGUGUUUAUGGAUUUUGUUAAAUGCUCCAAGUACCAAUCUAUAAAAAGUUGUUGCGGCGAGAGGGUGUCGAUGGAUAGCCAAAAAGAGAAUAACGAAUUUUACACUAAAGAUUGUACAUUCCUCGAGCAAAAAAAUAAAGUAGCAGAUACUCAGCCAGACGUUAGCAUUGAUUCUUCGGGUUUUGCGCAGAGCGUCCGCGAUGAUGAUUAUUCGAACAUACCCAUGUCUGGGAGUACAAAUAUGACAAACUCUAUGUACCAACCUCCUUCUGAAUUAUUUUGCAAUAUAGAAGAUCAACAAAGUAAUGACUAUAUACAAGAAGAAACAUUUUCUUCCCUUGAGACAGGGCAAGAUAAAGACUUCCAGUGUCCUAGAUGCAAUAAAAGAAUGCAGGAGCCGAGACUCCUCCCAUGUUUGCAUCCUAUAUGUUCACCAUGUAUUUCAGAACUAAUAAACAAACGUUCUUGUAAUUCCCCCCAAAACAUUAGAAUGGAUAGUACUCAGUCAGGAGAUCGAGAGAGUGAUUUCUAUGAAAUGUGUCCCUUAUGCGAUUUCAGACUACCAAACGGUAGUUCUCCAGUUCCUCCGCCGCAUUAUCUUCUUCAGCAUCGGUUAGUUAUGGAUGCUAUACGCUGCAGACUUGCAAACAGAGUUCUUUGCGAUGUCUGUACAGAUGAAGUUGUUGCGCUUGUUCAGUGUUCCACGUGUCUACGCAACUUCUGUUCAGACUGUGGAAUGGAACAUCGACAACAAGUCACUAUGGAACUUAAACCAUCGAAACAUGUGACAAGACCUCUUUGGGAAGCUACCAAACUGCGACGUACUGCACUGUGUCAACAGCAUCCUAGACACGCGUUGAGAUUUUACUGCAUUGCGUGCCAGCAGGUGACCUGUAAAGAAUGCAUGUGGAGUACACAACAUCGCGGACAUGCAAGUGAACAUGCAACCGGAGCUGGAAAAAGGGUUGUUUUUUAUUUAACAACAGUGUUGCAAAAAGGAAAGGCACUUUUAAAUAUGCUUCUGAGACAGUACCAUCGAAAUGCAUUUUUAAAUAGUACUUUUGAUGAAAUGAAAGGUAUUUUCAUUUCGAUGGACUACCGGUAUGUUACACUGCUUAGUACUGAGUGCUUGUUAAAGACUUAA